AUGGCAGCCCUGGAGGAAGAAUUCACGUUGUCUGGGGUACCUUUGGGCGCCGGAGCUGACGGACUCCUAGGGGUGGAACAGAGCGACAAAGCAGACCAGUUUCUGGUGACAGAUAGUGGCAGAACGGUCAUCCUCUAUAAGGUUUUGAGAAUAUGGAAUAAUGAAGAUGUAAACAUGGAGAAAGUAUUUAAAGCUACCCAUGGAACUUAUUUUGCUUAUGUACAAAAGUUUAACUCACGUAUCUUAAGCAAAUACACACUCUUACCUGGACGAGAAGAAAAAUCUGUCAUACAGAGUUUUACAGCAUCUGUGGAUCGGAAGUUCAUCUCUUUGAUAUCAUUAAGCUCUGACGGAUGUAUCUAUGAAACCCUGAUACCAACACAUCCAAGUGAUCCAGACCAAGACCAGGUGGUUGUUCGGUCACUGUUGCUCAAGGCAGUUGUGUCAAGUACUGCUCGAAACGGUGCUGUACUCAGUGUCCUGAAUCAAGAUCACAUAGCAGUCCUGGGAACUCCACUCUCUGCUUCUACAGAAUGCCUCUCCAUAUGGAACAUCAAAUUUCAAACACUACAGGCUUCCAAAGAGUUACCACAAGGGACCAGCAGUCAAGUAAGUUUUUAUAGCGCUCAUGCUGUGCCCCAUUUCGUAAACUGGGAAACAUCUCAGGAGUGUGGACUUGGACCACAGAGCUCAGAGCAGUCGAGGAAAAGUUUAAGGGCGAGAAAAGUUGAAGUGAGCUUACAGCCAGCAAUGUCAGCAUCCAAACAACUUUUACUGACCGUAAAGAAUGAUACAGAAAAACACAUUGAAGUAGAACUCCGUAAAUUUUUGGCUAUUAAGCAGACACCUGACUUUCAUACUCUUGUUGGGGACAUAGUAACUGAACUUCUGGGACGAUGCAAAGCCGAACCAUCAUUUUACCCCCGGAACUGUCUGGUGCAGCUUAUCCAAACGCACAUGCUCUCCUACAGAAUCAUUGAAAAUGGCUUUACUCUUAAAGAAGCUAACUGCAGUGACUGCGAGAGAGAGUUAAAGGGGAAGCCUCAGGGCCCAGCCGAGGAGCGCCCUCCAAGCCCUGUAACGCCAAAAAGAGCAGCUCUGCUAAAUGCAAUUCUUCAUUCAGCAUACAGUGAAGCAUUCCUUCUGCCUCACUUGAAAGAUGUUCCUGCACAACAUGUCACACUUUUUCUCCAGUAUUUAUAUUUUCUUUAUCUCAAGUGUAGUGAAAAUGCUGCUAUGACCCUUCCUGGGAUACACCCUCCAACCCUGAACCAGAUCAUGGAUUGGAUAUGCCUGCUUCUAGAUGCUAACUUCACGGUUGUGGUGAUGAUACCAGAAGCAAAAAGGCUACUGAUAAGUCUUUACAAGUUUGUGAAAGCCCAGAUAAGCAUUUAUUCCGAGCUCAACAAGAUUGAAGUCAGCUUUCGGGAGUUACAGAAACUAAAUCAAGAAAAGAACGAUACAGGCUUAUAUUCAAUUGAAGUGCUAGAACUCGUCUGA